CGUGAAGCCGUGGUGAAAGCUCGUGGCAAGCGGGGGGACGCCAGCCAAAAUGCAGCUCCUUAUCAGAUGUAACGGCAGGAUUUUCCUGGCUAUUUGUUUAAUCCUCUUUGUGGGAUACACAGCACAAGCUUUACUAGGUGCUCAUAAAGUUAAUAGGUCCUGCUGAAUAACGUCCUGGUCCCGGUGAAUAAUGCACGGCUGAUUCGAUCAGGUGCUCCCAUGCAGAAGGCAAGGUACAAGAGAGUGAGGUGCCGACCCGACGCCUGGUCCGCUAACUGCAUUGAAGAGAAGGGGCCCUGGUUUUACACGCCCACCGGUGGAGCCAACAGGAUCCUCCCUCCCAUGGCAGACCCGUCCCUGAUGAAGAGAUACCAGGAGCUGGGCGACAUAUUCCCGCUCUCAGAUGAGGAGUCUGGCUCCGGGUCUGAUGUUGUGGUGGAAGCAGAGCCAGCCUCUGGGUCGGGGCUUGGCGAUAGCGACGGCUUCUCCGAGGAGAAGCUGCCCGUGUUCCUAGAGGGCCUGCGGGGCGGCGAGCUGAAGCAGAAGCUGGUGGAGGAGGAUUUGCUCCUGUAGGGCUGGAGACAUCGGCCUCCUUGUGAUGGUGGUGGCCCCUCUCGCCCCUUCCUCGGUGCCCAGCCUGACGCGACGACCACGAAGCGGUUUUAAACCAACUGCCAGUCAAUAAAACUUUGCCUUAAGGUCUUUAUUGCUUUCACUCACUAAAAAAAAAAUAAUCAUCUUUGCUCGGUGUGAACUUGCUCUUUGCUUUUAGUGGCUGGGGCGGCCAUCCCAACUGGGGGGAAAACGGUUUUCUGUGGGGAUGUCACCGUGCUCCAGGGGGAAGAAAUUAAAA